GUCUGCUCUCUACUAUCUUUUCCUGUUCAUAGAUUCAGGCAGCUUCACUCCUUUAAAUGCUCCUCCUCGUUUAGUUUCAAAAAGGGUCCCCUGCAUUUUUCUUGUUUUCAGAAGUGGGCAUCCUGUUCUUUCCAUAAAUCUACAUAAAUGGAUCUGUACAAUGAGAAUCAUCCUCAUAUUGUCAAACCCACAAGUUUUCAAGGAGGCGCAGUUAUGGAGAGUACGAAGUUUGGGCAGGAGAUUAGAUCCACAAGGAGGGCUUUGAGUGUGAUUAAUCAGAGUUUGGUGGGAGCACAAGCAUAUCCUUGUGUUGUUAAUAAGAGAGGAUUAUCAGAAAAGCAUGAGCAGGAAAACCAGCCUAAUCCGGUGCACAGGCGAGUUACGAGGAAGUUUGCUGCACAAAUAUGUAGCAGUCAACAACAUUGCCAGGAGGAAAAUAAGAAGCUGAAACCAUCAGUCCCAAGCACAAAUGAGUUUGGAGAUUGUAUAUUCAUAGAUGCAGAAGAGAACAAGACACCUGUGGACUAUCCAGUACCCAUGUUUUUAGAAGAAACAGAAACAAGCCUGUAUGAAACAGAUGAGAUGGAGGAGGUGGAAAUGGAGGAUGUAACUCAAGAGCCGAUCAUUGAUAUUGAUAGUCCAGAUGCAAAAAAUCCUCUUGCAGUUACAGAUUAUGUUGAAGAUUUAUAUGCAUUCUAUAGAAAAAUGGAGAAUCUCAGCUGUGUUUCCCCACAUUACAUGGCACAACAAUUGGACAUUAAUGAAAAGAUGAGAGCUAUACUGAUAGACUGGCUUAUCGAGGUGCACGACAAAUUUGACCUCAUGAGCGAGACAUUGUUUCUUACUGUUAAUCUCAUAGACAGAUUUUUGUCCCAGCAAACAGUUGUGAGAAAAAAGCUUCAGUUGGUUGGCUUGGUUGCUAUGCUCUUGGCAUGCAAGUAUGAGGAGGUUUCUGUUCCUGUUGUAGGAGACCUAAUCCUUAUAUCAGACAAAGCUUAUAAUAGGAGAGAAGUUCUGGAAACGGAGAGAAUGAUGCUCAACACAGUGCAGUUUAACAUGUCGUUUCCAACCCCAUAUGUUUUCAUGAGGAGAUUCCUCAAGGCUGCUCAAACCAACAAGAAAAUUGAGCUUCUAUCCUUCUUCUUGAUUGAACUAGCACUUGUGGAGUAUGAGAUGCUCAAGUUCCCUCCAUCAUUACUUGCAGCUUCUGCUAUCUAUACUGCUCAAUGUUCUCUCUAUGGAGUCAAGCAGUGGAGCAAGACAAGUCAAUGGCAUAGCAGCUACUCAGAAGAUCAGUUAUUGGAAUGCUCAAGAAUGAUGGUUACUUUCCAUCAGAAGGCGGCAACUGGAAAACUAACAGGGGUACAUAGGAAGUACAACACGUCUAAGUUUGGGUACAGUGCCAAAUGUGAACCAGCAAAUUUUCUAUUAGAGACUACAAUAUAGAAAGGGAUGAAUGUACAGCUGCCAACUGACUUCACCUGAUGCACUGAAGAAAGGAAGCUUAAUAAUAAACAGCAACUCUAAGUUAACACAUGUUUAGGCAGCCUCAGCUGUUGUUAACAUUUAUUCAUCUGCCAUUCAAAAUUGAACACAUUUUCCUCACUGUAAUUUUCUGUAUUCCCUUGAUACAAUAAUUUGACAAUCAAUAC